AGAAAAACACACACAAGUGUUCACUGCAGUUUUGAUCUGUGUCCAUUACAGUGAGUUUCCUCUCGAAAUGCAUCAUAUUACCAUUUCCCCCUCAAAUCCCUAAUUCACUUUCAAACAAAACCCUCAAUGGACGACACCGAGGGAGUUCUCAGUUUCGAUUUCGAAGGCGGUCUCGACGCCGCCACCACCGCCGUUGCCGCCGCAGCACCUUCCGGACCCCUCGUCCACCAUGAUCCCACGUCCGCCUCUUCUGCCUUCGCCAACGGUGGUGCCGUCUCCGCCCCAUCUGCUGCCGACCCCGCGCCCGUCAACAACGUCACCGUCGGGCGCCGGAGCUACCGGCAGACGGUGUGCCGCCACUGGCUUCGGAGCUUGUGCAUGAAGGGCGACGCGUGUGGGUUCCUGCAUCAGUAUGACAAGUCCAGGAUGCCGGUGUGUCGAUUCUUCAGGCUCUAUGGAGAGUGCCGCGAGCAGGAUUGUGUGUAUAAGCACACCAAUGAAGAUAUCAAGGAGUGUAACAUGUACAAGUUAGGAUUUUGCCCUAAUGGGCCUGAUUGCCGAUAUAGGCAUGCAAAGUCUCCUGGACCUCCUCCUCCUGUUGAAGAGGUCCUUCAAAAGAUCCAACAUUUAUCUUACAAUUACAACUCCUCUAACAAAUUUUUCCAUCAAAGGGGCACUGGCUAUAAUCAACAAGUUGAAAAACCUCAGUUUCCUCAAGGAAUUAAUUCUACAAACCAAGUUGUAGCUGGAAAACCAUUAGGAGCAGAGUCAGGAAAUGUCCAGCAGCAGCAACAAGUUCAGCAGUCUCAGCAGCAGAUCAGCCAGAGCCAAACACAAAAUCUUGCAAAUGGCCAGCCCAUUCAAGCCAAUAGAACUGCAACUCCUUUACCCCAAGGAGUAUCUAGGUAUUUUAUUGUUAAAAGUUGCAAUCGUGAAAAUUUGGAGUUAUCUGUACAACAAGGAGUAUGGGCAACUCAAAGGAGCAAUGAAUCUAAACUAAAUGAAGCUUUUGACUCUGUGGAAAAUGUGAUAUUGAUUUUCUCAGUCAACCGUACUCGACAUUUCCAGGGUUGUGCAAAGAUGACAUCCAGGAUUGGUGGUUCUGUUAGUGGCGGGAACUGGAAAUAUGCUCACGGAACUGCACAUUACGGGCGGAAUUUCUCUGUUAAAUGGUUGAAGUUAUGUGAACUGUCAUUCCACAAAACACGCCAUUUAAGGAACCCAUACAAUGAGAACUUACCAGUGAAGAUAAGUAGAGAUUGUCAGGAGCUGGAACCCUCUAUUGGUGAGCAGCUGGCAUCCUUGCUUUAUCUUGAGCCGGAUAGUGAGCUUAUGGCUAUCUCAAUUGCAGCAGAGUCUAAACGAGAAGAAGAAAAAGCAAAGGGAGUGAAUCCCGAUAAUGGAGGAGAAAAUCCAGAUAUUGUCCCAUUUGAGGACAACGAAGAAGAGGAAGAGGAAGAAAGUGAUGAAGAGGAAGAGAGCUUUGGUCACGGUGUUGGACCAGCUAUCCAAGGCAGAGGUAGGGGCCGAGGUAUGAUGUGGCCGCCUCACAUGCCUCUGGGUCGUGGAGCCAGACCCAUGCCUGGAAUGCAAGGUUUUAACCCAAUGAUGGGUGAUGGAUUAUCCUAUGGGCCUGUUGGACCUGAUGGUUUUGGUAUGCCAGAUCUUUUUGGUGUGGGACCCCGAGGUUUUGGCCCAUAUGGUCCUAGGUUCUCUGGUGAUUUUGGAGGUCCCCCAGCAGCUAUGAUGUUUCGUGGACGACCCUCACAACCUGGGAUGUUCCCGGGUGGUGGAUUUGGGAUGAUGAUGAAUCACGGGCGUGGUCCAUUUAUGGGGGGGAUGGGAGUUGCAGGUGCAAAUCCUCCAAGAGGUGGUAGGCCAGUUAAUAUGCCUCCGAUGUUCCCGCCACCUCCGCCCCCACCUCAGAAUACAAACCGCAUCGCCAGGAGAGAUCAAAGAACCGGUGAUCGGAAUGAUAGAUACGGUCCGGGAUCAGAGCAGGGUAAGAGUCAAGACAUGCUCAGUCAGAGUGGUGGUCCUGAUGAUGACAUGCAGUAUCAGCAAGGGCACAGGGCACAGCUCCAAGAUGAUCAGCAUCCUGCCUCGAACAACUUCAGGAAUGAUGAUAGUGAAAGUGAGGAUGAGGCGCCUAGGCGGUCAAGACACGGAGAGGGGAAAAAAAGAAAAGGCGAAGCUUAGAAGAUGUUAACACACUAUUUUCACUAACCAUAUGAUGCCAGUUUCCAAUGCUUUCUAUUUUAAAUGAAAUGAUGAGACUAUCAUGUUACUUGUACGAGUUUCGUUUUUCUUUUCUUCAUAAAAGAAAAUUAAAAUUCUGUUCACUGGUCGUGUAAUUUUUACAUUGUUAUUUACACAUUCAAUGCUAUGUAUCGUGAUCAAGGUGAUAACAAGUAGGCUGAGGGAAUGUACACCUAUGUAUUUGUAAAGGGAUCGUAACAAUAGAGUUCUCAGUGAAAAAGGUGUGGGAUGCUAUAUACUUCACAAA